AAUAUCCCCAAAUAUUGACGAAUUGGUCGCAGGCUUCUAGAACAUACUUCAUAGACAGGUUCCUUUUUGACCGUCAUUCAGUUCUUUACAGACCAUAGCUUUACACGCGUCGUAAGGGUUAGUACCGAAAAUGACAAGAUCAUCUCUAGUCUUAUUGCUAAUGGUGGUCCUAACUGGACAAGUACAGUACGGGUCGGCCUUACCUCCUAUUGCAGCUCUCCUCGGUGACUUGAGCAAGAUUGUGAAAUCUGUAUUGCCAGGCUAUAAAUACUGCCCUCCGCCAUACCACCAUGUCCUGGGGGAGUGCUACUACGUCCACCAAUACAUUCCUCAGCUGACCUGGAAGGAGGCACAGCGCUUCUGCAAGCAAGCUGGAGGUAUUGGGGCUGAGCCCAAAUACUUCAGCGCUGUCAUCGCCGAACUUUAUAACAUGGGCAGAGCCAAAGAAAUCUACAACGGAGAACUCUCCCGUCUUUGGCUCGGAGGCCGCCGGGUGGGAAACACGUCGACCUUCGAAUGGUCGCAUUCGGGAAGGCCCAUCGAGGUGGUUCAGGCGGACGUCAUUGACGACCCCACCGCCUUCUACGACGUCGACUUCGGGGACUGCAUCAUGGUGUUCCUCUCGCCCACCGGGCCACUGCUCGCCGCCAAGGACUGCGACACUCGUGGGCACUACAUCUGCCAGCUCCCCUGAGCAUGACGUUGAGUUUAUUGGAGGCGGUGGAAAACGAGCGCAAUUUCCGACGCGUUUCAGUCACUGGACCCUAAAUUUUGGCGCCACAUAACCAAUAUAUCAUUCUCCCAAAGAUAAUUUUGAAGCCACGCUUUGUCGGUAUGUGAAGCUUUCCUUUUGCCAAGUUGCAAGAUAAUUAAAAAUGUUAGAGCUGUUACUUAACCUUUUCCAAAACACUAAAUUCUUUUCUCGUUGAUGGCAGAUCUGAAAUCUGAAAAAUUCAUAAAGGUGACACGCCACAAAAAAUGAACACGUUUGGCUUCAUUUCCGCCACGAAUAUUGGCUGUUACAUAGUUGUCAAUUUUGGCUACUUAGUUGUCGUUUUGGUGGCGAAAUACUAAAAGGUGCCAAAAAGAGCUCUCGUUGGAAACCGCCUUUGGUGUGAUAUUGGAUAAUCCAUGCCUUUUCUAAAUGUUGAUCAUUUCUUAAUUUCGGAAGGAUCACCAGGAAAAGAAAAGUAAUCUUCAUCCGAAUUUCUCUAUCAAUUUGCAUAUUGCAUAGCUCUCAUGCUUCUUUGCACAUAUUAUAUGAGUUUUUAUAAAAUAGGAAAGCUGUUGCAUUUUUUGCAAACUUAUAUAAUACUUGCUUAAUUGUGUAUCUUUAUAUUUUUUUAAGGUUUGUAACCUCUGCAAAAAUUAGAAAUUACCAAUAAACUUUAGGGUAUUAUUCAUGAUCUUACAUAAGUAUUUACCAGAAUAUGUCCAUUAUUAUUACCCAAAAAGUUAUAUUUACUCAUAAAUAAAUAUCUUCUCAUUUUCA